AAGUACGUGGUGGGGAGCUUUUACGAGGUGUGAUCCUCCGAAAGCUCCGAAAUGGAGGAGAGACAGUGACGGACGGAGCGGGAGGAAGCGUCAAAGUAAAUAAUGAACAGAAAGAGGGCGUUCCUGUUCAAAAUCAUCGUCUUCCUCUUCGCUUUCAACUCCUUUUCUCUCUACCUUUACUUACACUUCUAUUCUAACCCUAAAUCCCAUCACCAGGAUCAGCAGCAGCAGCUACAGAAACACCAACAACUCCCAGUAUCAGUUUCCUUCCAUGGGAAACCUUGGCCCAUCCUUCCUUCUUACCUCCCUUGGUCUUUAAAACCUAAAGUCCCUCCCAAAUCAUGCGAAGGCUAUUUUGGAAACGGCUUCAAUCGCCGUAUCGAACUUCUCCUUCCCCCUUCCGAGAUCCAUCGAAGAUCCCUCCCCAAUUAUGGUGCCAAUGGCGGUCCCGGCGGUUGGUUUCGAUGCUUUUACAGCGAAACACUCGAGAGCUCCAUAUUCGAAGGCGGGAGAAUACGGAUGAAUCCCGAUAGGAUACGGAUGUCUGUCGGAGGGGAAAAUCUGGAGUCGGUAGUUGGCCGGGCCGAAAAUGACGAACUUCCUUUCUUCGAUUCUGGUGCUUUCGAGGUCGAGUUUGCCCAAGGUCUCAGUCAGGGCGGGAACGUGAACGGGGGGAAGCUCGUGAAUGAGGAGUUCCUUCAUCAGUUUGUACCGCAGGGUCCCAUUGAGGUUCAUACCAUGCGGAGUUUACUUGAUUCCAUUCGAUUGGUGGAUCCCGAUGAGUUCAAGUGCUCCCAGUGGGUUGAGGAGCCAACACUUCUGGUUACACGUUUUGAGUAUGCAAACCUUUUCCACGCAGUGACAGACUGGUACAGUGCAUAUGUUGCUUCGAGAGUUACAGGCUUGCCUAAUCGACCUCAUUUGGUUUUUGUGGAUGGCCAUUGUAAGACGCCACUGCAAGAAACUUGGAAAGCCCUUUUUACAAGCCUGAAAUAUGCUAAAAAUUUCAGUGGUCCAGUUUGUUUCCGCCAUGCCAUUCUCUCACCAUUGGGUUAUGAAACGGCUCUUUUUAAGGGUUUGAUAGACACAAUUAACUGUCAGGGAGCAACAGCACAUGAUCUCUGGCAGAAUCCAAAUGACCAAAAGACUGCACGAUUAUCUGAGUUUGGAGAGAUGAUACAAGCAGCUUUUGGUUUUCCUGUCAACAGAAACCGACGUCCAAAACUGGUCUCAAGUCAUAGCAUCUUAUUCAUGCGUCGUGAGGACUAUUUAGCUCACCCACGUCAUCCUGGCAGAGUUGAAUCGAGGCUGAGCAAUGAAGAGGAAGUAUUUGAGGCUCUGAAGAUUUGGGCUGUUAAUAACUUGAAAUGCAAAGUGAACCUUAUCAAUGGAUUAUUCGCACACAUGCCCAUGAAAGAACAAGUCCGUGCCAUUCGGGAUGCUUCAGUGAUAAUUGGGGCACAUGGGGCAGGUCUUACUCACAUCAUUGCCGCUGCACCAAAUACAGUGAUUCUUGAGAUAAUAAGCAGCGAAUUCAGGCGCCCACAUUUUGCAUUGAUCUCACAGUGGAGGGGGCUGAAGUAUUAUGCUAUUAAUCUGGAUGAAUCAUAUGCUGAGCCAGGAGUUGUUACCAAGAAUGUUAGCAACAUAAUGAGAAGUUUUGGCUGCUAGGACUUGGUUUUGUGGUUUUGGAUCCAUUCCUGGUUAUUUUGCAAUUCAAAGAUGUGAAGAGUGAUCCAGCAAAAUCUAGCUGCUUUUCUGGUUGGAAUCUUCUGUUUCACAUGGACUUCCUAAUUGGUCAGAAUAACCACUUACUCAGCCCUCCAAAAGAUUCCAGUUUCACAUGAUGAUGAUGCUAUUUAUUUAAUUCUUUCUUUGGUUGGUACUUCCAGCCUGCUGUGGCUAUACAAGUUAAACUGUCAUACAAGAUCGUGUUGAGUAUCAGACAGAAAUGAUAUUUAUACUCUUAAGGAGUUCACUUCACAAGCUCCAUCCAUUGUAUAGUGAAUUGUGGAGCCGCAUUUAUGAUUUAGUCCAGCAUGUAUUCUACACUCUGGGAAUUGACCCUUUGAUCCACAAAGAAAUUGGAGCUGGAGGUAGAAGAUUUGGUUAUGAAUGUCUCUUUGCAGUUUCACUGGAGAUAUAUCAUCUUGAUUGGUCGAAUACUUCAGGCAGAGCAAGUUGGUUGCAAAUUCCAAUGCUUCUUGUUUUUAUUAUUAUUCCUCAAUUACUAACUGAAGGGAAGAGAAUAUAUUUGGCCUUUGGUUUUGUUCUGAUGCUUUGCUAUCACUGAUUUAAAUACAAGUUCGGUUUGUACAAUAGAAUUAUGCAUUUAACGAUAUUUUUAUUUAGAUUGAUUGCA